UGGGAAUUACAAGUGUUUAUACAUUUUUGCUCUUGUCUCGUAACGUUAAUGACCUUAGGGUUAUCAAAGUUUUGAUAAAAUCCCAUAUUUUAUUAUAAUUCACUUUCCUAUUUUCUUCAGUUCGAAAUAGCCGGUUAACAUGAAAGUAUUAGUGUUCCUUAUUUUAUUUGGAUAUGUGUUUUGUUGCGGAAGAACUCCUAGUUAUUAUCAAUCUAGGAGGGUCAAAACACCAGGUGAUAAUGGCUACGAAAUAAAAAUUAAUGACAAUCCUGAAAAAUAUGUACCUGGGAAUAUUUAUACCAUGUUUCUAAUGGCUCCUAGUUACUCUAAUAGCAAGCGACUUCACAAAUUCCAACGAUUCACCAUUGGUGUGGAGUCAACUUACAACCAAACUGACUCUCCUCAAAACGUUGGUAGCUUUCAAUUGUAUGGUGACGAAACUGCUACUUUUAACGAAGAAUGCGUUAAUACUAUAUCAGAGGUUAACAUUAAUCCAAAAAGUGAGGUAAUCUUCAUGUGGUCAGCUCCACCUCCAGGUUCAGGAUGUGUCACUUUCAAAGCCAUGGUUUUUGAAAACUCCGACUUAUGGUAUUCUGAAGAUGGAAAACUCACCAAAACUUUAUGCGAGCAAACAGAAAAAGACAUUGAAAAGAAUGAUGAUUGUUGUGCCUGUGAUGAAGCUAAAUACAACUUGGUGUUUGAAGGAAUUUGGUCCAGCAGAACUCAUCCCAAAGACUAUCCAACUCUCUUAUGGCUAACCCACUUUUCUGACGUAAUAGGAGCCUCGCAUGAAAAGAAUUUCAGCUUCUGGGGCGAAGAUCAGGUAGCGUCAGAAGGCUUUAGAAGUUUGGCUGAAUGGGGAUCAGUGAGACUAAUGGAAACUGAGCUCAGAGCGAAAAGCAGAUAUCUGAGAACAAUCAUUAAGGCUGCCGGUUUAUGGCAUCCUAAUGUUAAUACAAAUACUAGUGCCAACUUUAAGGUUGACAGAAGACACCAUCUUAUAUCUGUUGCUUCUAUGUUUGGACCCUCACCUGAUUGGGUAGUUGGUAUCAAUGGUCUUAAUUUGUGUAUGAAGAAUUGUACUUGGGCAGAAAAACUGAACAUAGACUUAUACCCCUACGAUGCUGGAACUGACAGUGGUGUAAGUUAUAUGUCACCCAAUGCAGAAACCAAUCCCAGAGAAAGAAUGUAUAGAAUAACAACAACUUAUCCCGAAGAUCCCAGAGCACCUUUCUAUGAUCCUUCAAAGAAAGAAAUGACUCCACUUGCUAGAUUAUAUUUAACCCGAGAAAAGAUAAUUCCGAAAAAUUGUGAUGACAAUUUUCUUAGCUCUCAAUUAGACGUUAGUGAAAAUACUGAAGAUACAUCUAGAGCUGAAUGUGCUGUUACUGAUUACACAGCUUGGUCUGCAUGUUCUGUAACUUGUGGAAAAGGUCUCAGAUUUAGAACAAGGGAAUACGUUCAGCCAGAUAAAGCUAAAUUGGUCGCAUGUAACAGACAACUAAUCUCUAAAGAAAUGUGUGUUGCCAACGUUCCAGAAUGUGAUGCUGAAGAAUCUAAAGAUUCUCAAGAAAUAGACCCACUGGACAACUCAGGGAUUUGCGCUACGACAGCCUGGAGUGCUUGGUCUUCAUGUUCGGAGAUCUGUGGUCCAGGCCAGAAGAUGCGAACGCGUAAGUUCUUGGACAGAACUGGUAUUAAAAAAUGUCCCCAUAUCACAAUAAUGGAAAAAGAAAGUUGUGAAAACAGGCAGUGUCGGACAGAUGAAAUAGUUGUUAACGAUCCCACUUGUCCAACAACACAAUGGAGCGAUUGGAGUCCUUGCAGUGCCUCCUGUGGCAAAGGGAUCAAGAUGCGGACAAGACUCCUUCUGGUAGAAGCUUCGAGGCAACAAGAAUGUAGUAGUCGUGUGGAACUAAUUCAACAACUUCCCUGCGAAGAAGUAGCAACCUGUGUCGUUGAUAUGAAUACUGCCAAAGUUGUAUGCAUGCAAGAUGGAGACACAGGACCUUGUCAGGGAUAUUUUAAUAGGUGGUGGUUUGAUGCAACCAAGCUGAAAUGUUUUCCAUUUGUUUAUGGAGGAUGCAGAGGAAACAGAAAUAACUUUUUGACCGAAGAACAGUGUAUGCAGACUUGUAAAGUUGUUAAGGAUGCAAUAACAGGCACAUUAGAUUCUGCAACUCAACUAAGGCAAUCAACAACACGCCUACAACCGAAAAACUGUGUUUUAACCGAAUGGUCAGAAUGGAGUGCUUGCAGUACAUCUUGUGGACGUGGUUUUAGAGAAAGAUACAGGGUGGUCAGGGAGAACGCAGCUAAUGGUGGAACGUGUACUAAUAGUUUGUUCCAAAGACGAGGAUGUUUCCUUAGAGCAUGUUACUAAUUUGACAUUUAAAUUUUUUAUUAAUUAUAAAUAAUUAUUAACGUAGAUAUAAUCACACUGACGGUAGGUAUCUUUAAAAAAAAUGUGUUUCUUUUAAAAGUAAGAAUAAAAUAAUGAUAAAUAAGAAAAUAACCAUUAAAACAUUUUUUUAUACAU